AUGUUCGAUUUCGAUGAGCUCGAUGAGUCCUUGCCGGCUUCGAGGGGUGGGCCCUCAGCUUCUGGGCCAACAGUGCCAGCAACGGUGCCAAGAACAGUGCCAACAGUGCCAACCGCGACUCCAGCACCGACUCCAGCACCAGACGCUGUAGCUCCUCCGAAGUCUGGAGGGCCUCCGUCCCUGGAAUCCCUGAUUGAUGAUGCCACCAGUUCCGAUGAGGCUGAUGUGGCUGAAGUGCCUGCGGUGGAGCUGGCCCCGUCCACCACGCGCACCGCCGAACCCGCCGAAGCGAUCGCGACGUCGAGGCCUGCUGCAGCGGCGGGGCCGAUGAGCUCGACGAGUCGUGUCCCAACGCUGGGACCGCCACGCCUUGCGCGGAGGCUCCAGGUGCCUUCAGUCCCAUCGGUGCGCGGCUCCAUGCUCCCUGCCGAUGACGACUUGCUGCAAUGGAUGGCACAGAAGUCGUACUUGGGCCAGGACAUGUUUCUGGUUGGGGAUCCUGGGCCUCACCUGCGCAACGCGGCACUUCGCUUUGCGGCGCAGACGGGCCGAGAAGUGGAGUACAUCGGCAUCACGCGGGACACCACCGAGGCUGACUUGAAGCAACGGCGCGAGAUCCUGGAUGGGCAGCUGGUUUUCCACAAUGCGCCGGCCGUGGAGGCGGCAUUGAAGGGGCGGCUGCUGAUCCUGGAGGGUGUGCAGAAGGCCGAGCGGAAUGUCCUGCCACUGCUGAACAACCUUCUGGAGAACCGGGAGAUGUCUCUGGAGGAUGGCAGCUUUCUCAUGGCCCCGGGCCGCGAGGCAGAAAUCCGAGCGGCCAGCGGGGGCAGGUGCCUGCUGCCUGUUUCCAAGAAGUUCCUGGUCUUGGCCAUUGGCCUGCCCGUGCCGACCUAUCCUGGGACGGCUCUGGACCCACCCCUCAGAUCGCGCUUCGCUGCACGGCGGGUGCGGGGGGAUCAGGGGAUGGAGUUGGCAAGAGGUGACGCAGCCACCAAAAAGCUCACGGCGGUGGUGGCAUUGUGGAGGUCCGAGGACUCCAAGAAGCAACAAAUCAGACUCCCACGCUUCCCGGAGUUUGGCUUAGUCUCGGUGAUGAAGUUGCUGAAGCUCUUCCCAUCCUUGCCCGACGCAGCCGCGCUUCACAGCGCUUUCCCUUGGACAGUCCUGCAGCUCAGCAGCGCCCAGCGCGCGGCGGUGCAGUCUGCGUUGAAGCUGCACAACGUGGAGCUUCCGGGCACGGACAGGCAAGUUUACAGCCUGAAGAGCAUCGAGAAGCUUCCCGCCGACUGCUGUGCCAGACUGGUGUUCCAGAUGCCAGGGCAAAGUGAUCCCAGUGUCGUGUGCCCUUGUGGUGGAUGGCCCGCGAGACACGAGCAGACGCUGGCACGACUGGCACCCGCUCAACGUGCUCUGCUAUCACAGCUUUUGCGGGAUCAUGCAGCAGGAAUGGACCUGUGCAUUGUGGGGGAGCGAGGUGUGGGCAAGACGGUGCUGAGCCGGGCCUUCGCGGAAGUUCUGGGCUACCGCACCUACAACAUUUUCUGCUUCAAGGACAUGACGGCGCGGGACUUGACUUUGCGGCGCAGCACGGAUGACAGCGGCAACACCAUCUGGCAGCCUUCGCCGUUGAUUCAGGCUGCGAUGGAGGGAGGCCUGGCGGUCUUGGAUGGCAUCCACCGCCUAACCCCCGGUGCUUUGGCCGGUGCCCUGGGUCGGCUCCUCUGUGACCGCGCGGCCGCCCUUCCAGAUGGGACGAAGCUGGUCCCCGAGGAGCAGUGGCAUCAGUGGCUCGAUCAGGGCUGGUCAGCAGCCACUUUGCUGGGUGCAGGCUUUCGGCCCGUCCACCAUGCUUUUCGUGUGGUCGCCACUGCUGAGACCCCUCAAGGGAAAGAGCGGUCUUGGUUGGAUGACGAGUUGCUCACCCUGUUCCACUUCACCGAGGUGAAGCCUCUACCUGCUGCCCAGCAAGCGAAGCUCGUGACGCAAGUCUGUGGUUUGUCGGUAGAGCACCCGGUCCUGAACGGACUCAUGGCCUACGGCAAAGCCCUUCGCACCGCGGCCAAGUCCGAUGCGUCUCUGCAGCCCCUGCUGCUCUCCAUGCGCCAGCUCUUGCACGUGGCCCGCCGGUGCCAGGCCCGGCCGAAAGACGUCACAGAGGCGGUGAGGGCGGCGCUGUCGGGCUAUGUGAACUUCUUGCCUCCCUUGUCGAAGCAGACCGUGCUUCGGAUUAUGCGAGAGGCGAUGAAAGGUGCAGGCGUGCAGGUGGACUUGGAGAGUCCCGAGGAGCUCAGGGAGGCGAAGCGGAAAUCCCAACAAGCCGAGGAGCGCGGCCAACGCCUGAAAGCUCUUGAGGAGCCAGCCAUCGGCCUGCGCUUCAUGCCCGACCGAAGGACGGAGCAGCACAUUCACGAGGAGACGGAGAAGCUACUUGAGGAGAAAGCUGCAGAUCGAAGUCGGCAGCGGGCCGAGGUGAUGCGCCUGGCAAAGGAUGGGCUCCGCACUGGGCGGAGCUCUCGCUUGGCCCUGGAGCUGCGCGAGCACGAGGUUCGUCUGGGCGACGUUUCCUGCAAGAGAGGCCAGCCGCAAAGGCCUGAGCUGGUGCCUUCCACGCUCUUCGUUGACAUACCUCAGCACUUGAUGGCGCUACGUUCCAUGAUGAUCGACUGGCUGCUGCAGAGACAUCUGCUGCUGAUUGGAAACCAGGGGGUUGGUAAGAACAAGCUGGCAGAUCGCUUUCUGAGCAUGCUGCAAUUGGAAAGGGAGUACUUGCAGCUGCACCGCGACACAACUGUGCAGUCCCUGACUAUACAGCCCAUGCUGCAGAAUGGGGUCGUGGUGUACCAAGAUUCACCUCUUGUGUCUGCAGUGCGCUAUGGUCGCGUGCUCGUCGUUGAUGAGGCCGACAAGGCUCCUCUAGAAGUGGUUUGCAUAUUGAAAAGCCUUGCAGAAGAUGGGGAGUUCACCCUCGGAGACGGGAGGACCAUCAUGAAGCCGGAGCGCAUGCCUGAGCAGCUCUCGCAGCUCAACGAUCCCGACUUUCUCCCUAUCGCAGAAGGCUUCCGGAUGAUUGUCCUGGCCAAUCGACCCGGCUACCCGUUCUUGGGCAACGACUUCUACCGGGAAUGUGGGGAUGUCUUCGCCUCCCAUGCCAUCGACAAUCCGGAUGUCACCUCGGAGGUGGAGCUCCUCCGGAGCUAUGGGCCCUCCGUGCCACAGGAGCAGCUCGUCCGCUUGCUGGGGCUGUUUGCCGAGUUGAGGCGCUUAGUGGAGGAGGGCCUGCUUUCUUAUCCGUACUCGACGCGCGAGCUGGUGCGUGUUGUGCGGCAUUUGGAAAGCUUUCCAGAUUACCCGGUGGAAGAAGUCUUCGCGGACAUCUUUGAGUUUGAUUGGCAUGACUCGAAGUUACGGGAAACACUCUCGGGAGUGCUGAGCGGCUGUGGCUUUAAGUUUGACCCCACCGCCAAGUCGGUGAAGCAUGGCGACCCCAACAAGCGCUUGCCGAAGGAUUUCAAGUCUGCCAAGCACUAUGACUCGGGCGAAAAUGCUGAGAAUGACGGUGAAGGAUUUGAUCCAGGUGAUGUUGGCACUAGAGAUUACGACGAUGCUACGGAUCAAUCUGGGAAGAGGCAUGCGCCCAGGGCCGGCAAUUGGGAUGGCCGACAGCAUAUUGGCGAAGGCCCCUGGGAUGGUGGUUCUGGGGGAACUGGAACUGCUGGCAUUGGUGGCCGUGCAGGGCCUUACCGAUUGGACGUAGGCCAAGAUCUGGUGAUGCUGACAGAGGAGCAGAAGAAAGAAGUAUCGGAAGAGUGGCACAAGAAGGCCCAGCAAAUGGCCGAUGAGGCCUACGCACAUCGGCUCAGCGAGCUUAAGAUGAGCGCGCACGAUGAAACAGAGUACCGGCGUCUGCUUCAAUCAGUGGAGGCCCAGAUCUCGGCCUUUCGGCUGGUGCUCCAAAGCCAUGAGGCGAAGGAGCGCGAGAGAAGCUGGCAGAAGCAGCAGACUCAGGGCGAACUGGACGAGAUGCGUCUUGUGGAUGGCAUUGCGGGAGCACGGAACAUCUACAGGCGAAGGGCCGAGGCGGAAGAACGCGGAGGCGAUCAGCUGCUGCCAAAGCGCGUGAAGUUUGUGAUGGACUGCAGCGGAUCGAUGUACACGUUCAAUCGCAUCGAUCAGCGCUUGCAGCGCCUGAUGGAAGCCGCCAUCUUCAUUUUUGAAAGCUUUUCUGGCUUCGAAGCGAAGUACGAGUAUGCUAUGGUGGGUCACAGCGGCACUGGUGCAGAAGCAGAGAGCCUGGUGGCGUGGGGAAAGCCCCCAAAGAGUGCCAAGGAGCAACUGGCCAUCGUGAAGCAGAUGGCAGCUCAUGCGCAAUACUCCCAUAGUGGAGAUCACACCUUGGAAGCCACGGACCGUGCCAUCAAGGAUGUGUUGCGCAAGUCUGCCGACGAGUACUACGUUUUCGUCGUGAGCGAUGCUGACCUGGCCAGGUAUGGGAUCUCCCCUGCCACCUGGAACAAAAUCCUCAUGCAGGACCAGCGGGUAAACGCUUACGUGAUCCUCAUCAGCUCAAACACUGACGAAGCAGAGACGAUCAAGUCGGGAUUGACUCCAGGACAUGGCUUCGUAUGUGACGACAAUGACUUGCUGGCUGUGACCUUCAAGCAGGUCUUCUCAGCCACCAUGCUCCGCAAUCGAACAUAG